CUUAACAAUUCUUCUCUAAAAACUAGUUAUACGAAAAGAUACAAAGUGUAAUGGGCUUUAAUAAUUCUGCAAAUCCAAACCCGCCUGCUCAAUUGAGGUGUUUAGGUUUUUACUUGCAGAACAAUCCAGACCCUUCUCUAUAACCCCUCAAUCUUCUUGUUCUUCUUUUCUCUUAAACCCUUAUCAAAAUCUCACUCUCUCUCUGUUUUCUACACACAACAAUGGGUAGUAGCCAAGCUGCAGUUUCAUUCCUCACAAACCUUGCCCGAGCCGCUUUCAGCCUCGGCCUCGGGGGCGCAGUUCUCAAUUCCUCCCUUUACACCGUCGACGGCGGCCAACGCGCCGUUCUCUUCGACCGCUUCCGUGGAGUCAUCGACGAAACUGUCGGUGAAGGGACCCACUUUUUAAUCCCAUGGCUACAAAAGCCCUUCAUCUUCGAUAUCCGUACUAGGCCCCACACUUUCUCCUCAAUCUCCGGAACGAAAGAUCUCCAGAUGGUUAACCUCACUCUCCGUAUCCUCUCUCGCCCUCAAGUCUCCCGCCUCCCCGACAUUUUCAAAACCUUAGGUACCGAAUAUGACGAAAAGGUCCUCCCUUCGAUCGGCAACGAGGUACUCAAAGCCGUCGUGGCUCAAUUCAACGCUGAUCAGCUCCUCACGGAGCGUCCACAGGUCUCCGCUCUCGUUCGUGAGAGCCUGAUCCGACGCGCCAAGGAUUUCAACAUCGAGCUCGAUGAUGUGGCGAUCACGCACUUGUCGUAUGGAGCUGAGUUUUCGAAAGCUGUGGAGCAGAAGCAGGUGGCUCAGCAGGAGGCUGAGAGGUCGAAAUUCGUGGUGAUGAAGGCUGAGCAAGAGAGGAGGGCGGCGAUUAUUAGGGCUGAAGGAGAGAGUGAAUCAGCUAAGCUGAUUUCGGAUGCUACUGCGGCUGCUGGAAUGGGUUUGAUUGAGCUGAGAAGGAUAGAAGCUUCGAGAGAAAUUGCUGGGACUUUGGCUAAGACUCCUAAUGUUGUUUACUUGCCUAAGCAACAGAAUAUGCUUCUCGGACUCAAUCGUUGAGUAGGUGGAUUCUUUAAUGGUGGUGUAUUUUUCUGCUAUUCUUGGUAGCUUCCGCGGCCUCUUUUUACCGUCUUUUUUCGCUUCAAAGAUGACACCUUGGUUCAUCCGGGACAGUGUAUGUUAGCAUCGUACGAAGAAAACCAGCAACAUUGAGCAUGUUUCUAUUUGGCUCCCUUUAUGAUCCAUGUCAUAGUGUUUUAUUUAGACAAUCCCAUCGCUGUUCUCCACAGCUUCCCUAUUUGCUAACUUGGUUUAAAUAAUUUUCUGUGUCACUCAACAUUUUGAAGAGCCUAAUGCAAACUCUUGCACGUGAAUCUCCA